GAGGAACGGCAGAGCGGAGUCACGGGGGACCUUUCUUUACUCGGAAGCAGUAACACAUGAGGGAAAAUAAACAUAAGGAAGGAGGAGGAAGCGGCUGCGAUGUGCGUGCGACGUCUUCUGGUCAUGGAAGACGUUUUUGGGACACUUUGCGUUUUGGGAUAGCUUCUGUUUUAAUAUAUUAGGAGAUACGAAUUGGCAAAAUAAAUGAACGCCGGAGUUAUCCGUGAAAUUGUAGCCCCUCUGGCAAAGAACUGCCACACCUUCAUCAUCAGUGUAACAGGUUUUCUACACAACUGUCCAGAUGGGUUGCAGUUGCUGUAGGAUGAUAAAAAGUUACAUCUAUGACCCCUCAGCUCCUGUAGAAGUUCCUGGUCAGAAGCGGGACCCCACCAGCAGCUGUCUGUAUCAAUCUCACAGAUUCCCAGAGGAGGUGGACCACAUUCACAAGAAACAGGGCUUCCACAACCUGGCAUACAGCAACCAACCCAGUCCGACCAAACUCGACAUAGACAACAACCACAUCAACCGGCUCCAUGCUAACAUUCCAGGCGAGCAGAUCCGAUCGAGCCCAGCAGAGGGUGACCCGAGUCUUUACAUCCUCCAGCCCGAGGGCAAGGGGACACCCAUAAAAGCCGCCCCCACCUUACGCACCAACCCACCCAUACAGAACGAUUCGUUGUUGGGAACGGAACCGGGCAAGCGAGAGGACAGAUUUCGAGACUCUGGGCUGGGCGGCGGAGGGAUAACAGACGGGACAGAGGGAUCAGAUGGAUAUCCCUAUGGACAGGAGGAUGAAGAUGGGGACAGGAAGAGCAGGCUGGCCGUUACUCCGGACACGGCCGAUGAGGAGAGUGUGCUGUCUGUGGACAUACACACCAGCAGUACGAGCCUCUCCUCAGCAGACACAAAUCUCAUGGUAGAGGACAGAGAAAAGGAAGGACCCUCGAUCGUGAGAGGAGCGCAAGAGAGAGAGAAAGAGAUCGAUUGUGUGAGCGUCACAGACUCAAUGGUGGCAGAGGCCUUGGCCGCUCUCGAUGCUGCAACUGCGGGAGAGGAUUCUGAGUGACGGUCAGGUG